GUCAGUGGUAUGUGCAUAUUCUAAUGGCUUACCUUUGACCAUCCGCAUAAGCUGGCCAUGGCCACACCUGAUUAGCACGGGGCACCGCAGCUGGCACCACUAGUAGCUUGCAAUCACGCUUUGCCUUACUUGGCUCCGUCUCUUUGUCCCUUGUGGCCAACCCCUGGCCGCUCGCUUUCCCAAAUGCGUACAAUGUAUGCAUAGACGGCCAUAAAUACGGCCAGUAUAUUUUCCUCUCACGACGGAUGCACCGCGGAUCGCCCUCUCGCCAUCCAGUGGCCCUGUUUUUAGCAAGAUCACGCUGUCAUGUCUUUCUCAGCGCAGCCCGAGGUCGGCAGUAGCGUCCAGGUCUACUUCAAGCCGAACGUGUCGUACACACUCUCGUCAUCCUCUGGCGCUCACCUCAACUGCGCCGUCCGGAACCUCAUCGAGGUCCGAGAAGCGGGUGCGAACGCAGACGAAUCCCACCCUCUUCACGGCCAGAGGAUGGUCCAGGUCAUCUAUCACGCUCAACUAUAUUCAACAUCAGCGGUCGACCAAAAUGCCGACGAGAAGCCAAUCGACGUGGCCCUCAAGUGGGCCACAGGCAUGCGAUACGUUGACCUACUCCUCAAGGAAGCGCGCUUCUACGAAGAUCAGCUCAAGAGCCUGCAAGGCAUUGCCGUGCCCGAGUUCUACGGGUUCUAUGUCGGCAGGGUCGACGAUAUCGACAUCGGGUGCUUGCUCAUCGAGUGGUGUGACGGCGAGCCUCACCUCGAUCUCUGGGAGCGCAACAGGCAGAAAUUGCUAGCCGCAGCGCGAAUCCACAGGGUGCGCGUGUGCCACGGUCGCCUCUCGGACGAUGAGCACUUCGUCGUGAGCUCGAAGGAUAAUACCAUGCGUAUUGUCAACUUCUCACACGCAAGCCUCCAUCACUGCCCCGGCGGGACGCCGCUGAUGCUCAAUCCUGAUGACUCCGAGGACACCCCAGAGAAGUGCAGCUUCUGCCCGGAACUGGCUUUGCUCGAGGAGACGUAUGGCCCAGACACAGGUCAGGACGGGUAUCGGCUUCGACAAGCGAAUGGACUGUAUCAUAGCAGCUGGUUCGAUCCGUGGAUGUAGUCAUCCUCUCC